AGUCAAUCAGUAACUUUGAACAGUACAUUGCUAACUGUUGAUAACCGUUAGGGUACGAGUCGGAGACAUCCCCUGCAGAUAUGCCGGUGACGUGGUACUGUUCAUCUCUCUAAGUGCAGCAUUUCUUUCAGAACCGAGGAUGUUACUGCCUCUGUUGUCUUUCUACCUUCUCAUCGCAGUAGCUGAGCCAACACCUUCCUUCCUGAUUACAGUGCCAAGCAUUGUUCACGUCGGGGUACCGGAAAGCGUCAGCAUUCAGCUACACGGUUCGGAAGGUCCCGUCAAUUUCCGGGUUUAUUGCUACGACAUCAUCAGAGCCCAGAAAUGUUCCGAAUUCACCUCUGUGACACUGAAUUCCGGAAACGGUUACCGUGAGAUUAAGACCAUAACGGUGAGCCAGAAAGCUGUCAGAGACCUGAGGCUGUGGCGCCGUCGACAGAAGUAUGUCUACCUGGUGGCUGAGAGCCCACUCCUGCCGCGAAGGAGGAUGGUGCCCCUCAAACUGUCCAGCAAGAGGGGCUAUAUCUUCAUUCAAACGGACAAGCCCAUCUACACUCCCGACCAGAACGUGCUUUACCGGAUUUUUACUCUGGAUCACUACAUGAGACCAGUCAAUGAGGCGGUGAAGAUCUCUUUAUACAACUCCAGGGGUAUGGAACUCAUGACGGCUGAAUGGAUGUCCCAGAAAAUAAAGCAGUAUCGGACCAAAAUCCCAGAUAACGAGGUACCCGGAAUUUGGCGAAUUGAAGCCCAGUUCUCGGACGCACCCAUGUCCAAAGUUAUGGCAGAAUUUGAAGUGAAGGAAUUUGUUCUCCCCAGGUUCGAUGUCAAGGUGCAGGCCAGUGAAAUGUUCUACCUCGUGACGAGGAACACGUUCAACUUCACAAUCUCCGCAAAGCACACAUACGGUGAACCAGUGUCUGGAGAGGCCCACGUAAGGUUUGGAAUCAUCCAUGGUGCUGACAAUAAGACAGACGUUUGGAGCCUGGGGCGGAAAUUAACAGUGACGGCAGGGGUAGCCAGUUCGUACCUAGACACGGAUGAUAUAUUGAGACAUUCUGGCUUGUUAUCUAGGGAAGAUCUAGUGGGGAUGAACCUGUACAUGGCAGUGACGGUGGUGGAAAUUGGCAGUGACGUGACGGAAUCGACGGAACUGACCAGCAUCCGGUUUGUGUCCUCGCCGUAUGUGGUUGACCUGUCUAAAACAGCCCGCCACUUCGUACCCAAGGCCCGCUUCCAAGUCGUGGUGACUGUGAUGUAUCCUGAUGGGACGCCGGCUGCUAACGUACCCGUGAAGGUUGAGGAAGGUCCCGCUGUGAAUACUGAUCGACAGGGGCUUGCGGUCAUUGAACACGAAGCCCCAGCCAACGCGAGCAUCCUUAACAUGAAGGUGACAGCUGGAGAGGGGUCCCUUGGGAAAGAAUUCCAAGAGGGAAGGGUGACGGCUCAGAUCUAUCAGUCUGCCAGCAAGAGUUAUCUCCACAUCGGCGCUCCCUUCACCGUUCUGAAGGCAGGACAGACCCUGGACAUCGAGUUGCAAGCAGUCACGGAACAAGAUGGUGCGAGGAUCGAUUACUAUUAUUACAUUGUCACAAGCAAAGGCAAGGUGCUCACCGCCAGUAGGAUUGGCAAGGCCGACCCCACGAGGCUCCAGCUUCAAGUGGGCAUGGACAUGGUCCCGACGUUCCGCCUCAUAGCCUACUACUACGUCAACUCGGGAGAGAAGACGGAAAUUGUGGCCAACUCCGUGUGGAUCGACGUGGAGGACAAGUGCCAAGGGCGGGUCAAAAUAAAGGAGCCAGAUGAAGUGUAUAAACCGGGGAGUCAGUUCGACCUGCACUUCUCCACCAAUGAUGCGGCAAAUGUCUCCUUUGUUGCUGUUGAUUCAGCAAUGUACAUCCUCAACAACAAGAACAAGCUGACGCCCAGGAAGGUGUUUGAAGCAAUGAACUCCUAUGACCUGGGAUGCUUCUAUGGAGGUGGAGUUAAGACUGCGGAUGUCUUUAAUGAUGCUGGACUGAGUUUUCUGUCUGACGUGGAUGUGUCAUCAUUUAGACAGGAAUAUUCAUGCGCAAACAAAGUCAGAAGACAGAGGAGAGCGUUACAUAUUCAGCAACAGUACUCUGGAAUAUUGAACGAGUACUCCGACCACAGGCUGAGGAAAUGCUGUAUGGAUGGGCUAACCAAGAUAUUUAUGGAUUACACCUGCGCGGAGCGAGCUCAACGGGUGGCAGAGGCGUCUUGUCGCCGGGCUUUUGAGAACUGCUGCAAACUCAGGACAGUCCAGAGGAUGACCGAGGUCCAGUUACUGUCUAUAGGGAGAUCUAAAUUGGAUCCCAAUGUCGUUGAGGCCAACGCCAAAGAGCAGAUCUUCGAUGAGACCUCUGUCCAAGUUCGAAGUGCAUUUCCCCAGAGCUGGUUGUGGCAAACGUUCGCGGCCGUGAGCCAGGGUGACCACAAGAUAACGAGUAAUGUUCCCGAUGCCAUAACCACUUGGGAGAUUCAGGCAGUCGGCAUGUUUGAAAAUAAAGGAUUCUGUGUCGAGGAACCGAAAAAGAUGAAAGUCUUCCGGCCGUUUUUCCUGGCCAUGAGGUUACCUUAUUCUGUCAGGAGGAAUGAGCAAAUAAUUGUGAAAGUCACCUUGUACAACUACCUACCCCAGCAUCUAAAGGUCUGGAUUUACAUGAAAGAAGCAGAAGGUUUGUGCAGCUCCUUCACAUCCUGGGAGAAUGCAAGAGUACUCAAUGUCCCUGCUAAUUCGGCUCGAUCCAUCGAUUUUGCCUUGAUCCCAUUGGUGGUUGGGAAUAUCCCAAUCAACGUGAUUGCUUUCAGUGAAACCAACACCUACAGUGAUGCAAUUUUGAAACACCUACGGGUUCUGUAUGAAGGGAUAGUGGAAACAAAGGAAUCGAACAUUGUUCUCAAUCCCAAAACAAGAAGAAGCAUUGAAAUCUUUGAAAGCAAACCAAGCAACGUGGUCCCCGACGCUGACAGCUUCUUGUACAUGAUCCCCACCGCCACGAUUCUGGGUCGCGCAGUGGAGAAUUCGCUGGAUGCAGACGGAAUCGACAAACUCAUCAAGGUGCCAACGGGCUGCGCAGAGCAAACCGCCAUGCACAUGGCUCCCACCGUCUUCGCUGUUGAGUAUCUGGAUCAGAGCGAUCAGUGGCUAUCUCUCAGCGCUGAGCGCAAGGACGAAGCGCUGCUUCACAUCGAAACAGGGUACAACAGGAUUUUGGGAUUUAAGAAAGACGAUGGAUCGUACGGGGCUUGGAAGACUCACCCAAGCAGCACGUGGCUGACAGCGUUCAUUGUUAAGAUAUUCUCAAUAGUGCGACAACACAUCGAGGUAAAUCAGAGGAUUGUCUUUGAAUCCGUUGCCUAUUUGAUCCAAGUUCAAAAGAGCGAUGGAAGGUUUGAAGAUCCUCAUCCAGUGCUUGUGAGAGCCAUGCAGGGUGGAAUUGGUCAUGCUGAGGGUGACACGUCCCUGACUGCCUUUGUAACGGUGGCCUUGCAGCAUUUCCUGAAGGCCUUCCUCCAGGACAACAGAGCAGCAGCUUCAACAGUGAGGAAAAGCAUUGGAAAAGCCGUGGGGUUUUUGCACAGGACGUUGCCGGACACCGAACACCCCUACACCCUGGCCAUCACCGCCUACGCCCUCUCCUUCGCGGAGGCAGACUCGGACAAAGUGCUGGAGGCCGAGAGGAGGCUGAAACGGAUUGCAGUUCACGACUCUGACCGCAACAUGCGUCACUGGCAGGCGGACGACAGGCCAGCACGCAGCCGCGGAGAUAACCCAGCUGAGGCGCCACACGCCUCCGCGUUAACCGUGGAGACCACCGCGUACGGCCUGCUGCACGCACUGUCGAGGGGCGACGUCGACUAUGCGAGGCCCAUCAUGGAAUGGUUGACCGAGCAACAGAACUACGGCGGGGGCUUUCAGUCCACUCAGGACACAGUGAUUGCUCUGGAAGCUCUAUCAAACUACCACCUCGUUCUGUUUGAGCGAGAGGAAGAUGUCAAUAUCCAGCUUCAAUUCAAAGUCCUUGGAAAGAGCUCCAAGACCAAGAUCGAACUGCGACGAAGUAAUGCCCUGACCCAGAAAGAACUGAAGUUCCCUCUUGGAAGUAAGGUUUCAGUCGAAGUCACGGGCCACGGAAAGGGGAAGCUAAAUUUACGCAAAGUGUACCAUCUGAUGGAAGAGACCUCCAACAGCUGUGACAAACUUCACCUCUCAGUGGCCAUCAAAAGCGAUGUGAAGUACACCAAGUCCGAACUAAGGAGGAAGAGAGAUUCCUCAGAUCCCCAGAUGGUUCUCUAUGAGGUCUGCUCAAGUCGGGACAGUCACAGCGAGAAUGACCUGUCGGUGACUGGCAUGGCGGUGGUGGACAUCACCCUCCUCAGUGGACUGGAACCCGACACAGGGUACCUCGAUCAGUUGAAAAACGGAGUGGAGCAAUACAUUAGUAACUACGAGUACAAGAAGGAAAAACUGUUGCUGUACUUGGACACGGUCCAAGAACACAAAACUUGCAUUGUGUUUCCAGCCAAACAGAUCGUCUCUCUGGGCCUUGUACAACCUGCGGAUGCCACACUGUAUGAUUUUUAUGACCCAAGUACAAAAUGCACGAUAACGUACAACGCUCCGAUGCAAAACGCCAUGGUCAUGAAGCUCUGCGAUGGCCAACUUUGCACCUGUGCUGAAGGCCCCUGUCCACAGAUCCAACAGACUUUACACGUAAACAGGAAAGACAGUCCUCGGAGUGAAUUUGCCUGCUACAGUCCAGUUGUGGAUUACGCCUACAAGGUGCAAGUUGUGAACAAGACCUCGGUGGGAUAUUUUGACAAUUACAUCAUGUCUAUCACCGAUGUUUUCAAAGUGCAUGAGAGUGACGAGGUUCGGAAGAGCGACAUCCGGUCUUUCCUCAACCGGAAGUCUUGCCGGCUGCAGAUGAAGGAGGGCGCGGAAUUCCUGCUGAUGGGGAAAACCGGGAGAGGCAGCGACACCGGUGGGGGGAUGCAGUAUCUCCUCAGUGACACCACGUGGAUCGAAGCCAUUCCACCAUCAACCACUUGUGGCCUUCUGAACUACAGAGAGUCCUGUCAGCACCUGAAUGCCUUCUUGGACGACCUCUUGAUGCACGGAUGCAGACUGUAAGUUUGGUCAGCAGUUGUACUGCCUCUGGUGUCAAACCUUCCACUGCGAAAUGAAAUGCAGUCAUUGUUUCAGUAAAGUUGGAAUGAGAUAACAAAAGUAAGGCGCACUUUGAAUAAACCGGACUGUGACACUGUC